AUGAGCAGUCACCCACCCGAAACAUUUUUUGAACCGGAGCCUGAUUACGAUGAUAAUAUUGUUGAGGUUCCAGAGCCAGAUGCUCAUAGUUUGCCCACAGAUCUUGCUCCUACCUCGUAUCAUUCAAACAGCUAUGAACAUCGGCAUUAUGAUCGACCAACUUCACUGACGCAACCAAGGCAUCUUUCCGACUCUAAAAAACGGAUUUCUGGAAGCUCAACUCCGGACACUUUUGCUGAAUCACCUGUUGGUCAAAAAAGUAGCCCAGGAAAUUACAGUGCACCAAAUACAUUGAACAGAGCGGAAACAAGAGCAAUGCCUGAGAACCUUAUGCACCGCCAGCAGCGAAACGGCAACCCAUACGAUGCAGAAAAUUCAGAUUUCCUAGACGAAUACGAAUACAGGAUAGAGAAGGUACCUACAAUGGAGCAACAACGUCAUUCUUCUAGGAAAGACAUUAAGAAUUAUAUCAGAGCAGUCGGUGGUGUUCCUGUGCUACCUCCUCCUCUCCCAAAAGAUCGGCCAAUGUUCCCGUCAUCGACUCCAAGUAUUGACAUCACAGAUAAUAUGGCUUUUAAACAGCACGUACGAAACCAUCAACGAUUCGAUACUUUAGGCUCUUUUAGGUCUUGUGAACAGUGUGCAAUAUGCAAGUCGUAUAUGAAUGAAGUUGAAAAGGCUCAAAUUGCUAGUCUUGAAAAGCGCAUUACGCCAGAAGAACCAGAGCCAUUAGAAAACUUUGCAGAAGAAGUGCCACAAGAAACUGCAGAAAUAUCAUCAAUGCAAGUUCAGGCUUUAACUGAUGUAGUUGGAAGAAAUCAAGAUGAGAUUAAUGCUCAUUGGGGCGAAAUCUUUGACGUUGUCGCCAGAAAGUCACUGUUUUGGAAAGUACGAAAUUCGGAAGGCCGAACUGGAUGGAUACCAAUACAGUAUAUUCAGAUAGUACAAGGACAUUACUAA